CUCACUUCUUCCCAGCCCAACAUCGUCAUCUCCAACGACUCUUGUUCGAGGAGUGCAGCGUCUGGUGAUCGAGAGCUUAACAGUCUAUCAUGAAUCUCGCUGUUUCUCCAGUCUGAGAUGUCCGACGCGUCUGGCACUCUUGCUCCAAGCGCGUCCAAGCGACCACGGCCGGUCAUAUCAUGCCUGGAGUGCAGGAGGAAGAAGCUCAAAUGCGAUCGACUUGAUCCAUGUCAGCAAUGUAUCAAGAUCGGUCGCCCAGGCCGGUGUACAUACCAGUCUGGACAGGAACCUGUGCCGAACACCGCUUACUUACGUGUCCAUCCAAGCAAGCGGCAACGCUUAACCUCGCCAGCCGCAGAAGAUGGUAACAGCAACACCGCGACUCUGGAAGACUCUCAUUCACCUGUUUUACACUCCGCGGGCAAAGGCGUGGUUGAAGAUCUUCAGGAAAGAGUGGCUAGACUCGAAAGAGCUCUCCUUGCACAUGCUCCCGAGUCCGACGGCGAGUUGAUAGCCCCCGAAUCAGCGACGGCCCAGGCCAGGAGUGAUGAACAUGAGCAGCAAGUUCAAGUUCCAGCAGUAUCGACUAAUCUAAGCUCACAAUUUCCAGAUGCGUGCGCCUUCAUGGCGAAAUUGGCACAUGAUCCCGAACUUGCAACGCUGCGGGUAGAUCUCAAGUCUGUGCACCAUGCUGUCGAGAUGAACAACCACAGGAUAUGGCACGAACAAGGCCCGACUGUGCCCAUCGGUCAAAGGCCACUUGAACUCCCACCUCUCCACGUCUGCGAGAGAUUGACAACCCUCUAUUUCGACAAUAUGGAACACUGUUUCAGAAUUUUGCAUGCUCCUGCCUUCCGAGAGCAACUCAAAAUGCUCUUCACCGACGGUGCCGGAGAGCAGGCCUGCAGCUUUGGCUUCAUCCCCCUCCUUUUUGGCGUCCUUUCUAUCGGUGCAAGCGUUGGGACCCACGGAGAAUGCGAGAUCGGGGCUUCAACUUCCAUCCUGCACCCAUCUCGCGUUCUGCGGGUCAUGAGAAACUUCCUUAGCAGCGUACGGCGGCGACAAAGGUACCUGCUGCCAGUCUUGCAGGUGAAGAUGCUUGUACUCGUCUGCCAGUGGAGCUAUUUGGGCCGAAUCGAUGAUCUGUUCAUACUCAGCGGGGAGAUUCUUCGCGAUGCUUUGAUAAUGAAGCUGAACCAGGACCCAUCAACGCUAGGUGGCAUAAGCGUCUUCGAAGGAGAAGUCCGGCGCCGUAUGUGGAUGACAGUUGUCGAGAUCGAUCUCAUGCUCUGCAUUCUAUGCAAGAUACCGUGUACGGUACCUCCAUAUACAUCCAGGCCUCCACAAAACAUCAACGACGACGAAUUCUACGACGGCAUCACAGCGCUACCGGGAUCAAGGCCUACAGAAGAAUGGACUGACGGACUCUGUCAACACGUGCUGUCUCAAUCUUUCCCGCUGCGUCUCGCGGCCUGCAAGCAGAUGGACGGUGCCAGCCACAUCAAGCUCACAGAACUUCUGGGCUACACUCGAGACGUUGAGAAGGUGUUGCAAGACCUGCCCUCACCUUUGCGAUUCAGUUACAUGGGCGACCAAGCAAGCAAGACGCCUCCACGCCUGCUGGCCAGAAUGGAGCUGGACUUCAGCAUACGACGACCCCUCAUGCAUCUUUACACCUGUUUUGCUGCAAGUCCCCACGCCCACGACAUUCAACAGGAAUGCACCGACGGUUUCCUGCAAUCUUGUCUCAUGAUUACCACUUUUCAAGACCUGUUCGACCCUAGGUACUCGGAGAUCGACGUACCCCGACCCGAGGGCUACUGGGAUUUCUUCCACAACCUCUACCGACACGAACUCGGCCAAGCCAUUCUCGGGCUCUGUCUCGAAAUCAAAAGGCUUGGUACGAUGGCUUCCACGGUCGACCCUACUUCGCAAGUACUAGUACCUUCCGGGAAUGCUGUCGCGCCGAUCGACGGCAUCAGUGCCACUGCACCUCUGCGGCUGCCGGCAUACACAAAAUCCAGCCUGGUACAUUCUGUGCAAGACACUUUGGAACCCAUGAAACUUCGACUGGCUCAUCCCGGCGCCAACUUCAAGGACAUUGUCUACUUUACCGUCGUCUUGACUUCUCUUUUGCCCGAACAUCCCGAGCAAACGAAAGAAGCCAGCAUUCGGACAGCGUUGCAGGAUCUGGUCCAGGACUGUCUUGCUCAAUUGCAACGAGAUCAUGUGCAACUAUUGACCCCUAGGUCUCUUGACAGCUCACCGGACGCGCUGGGAUCGUCAUCAGGCCAGGAGGAGGGGCCGCCGACAGGCUAUUCGUACGAUCCCGUCUGGACGGGCUUUCCGGUUAUCGAGGUCUUUGAGCCUUUAGAUGUCUAUGACCCGCCUGCCAGCAAUGACAGGUAGUAAAGCACGGCAGCUCUGAGCAUCGGAUUGUAUCUGUUACACUAUGUCUUGUGGCACUCUUUGAAGAAGAUGGGAAUCAAGCGGGCGUAGAGACAUUGACUGGGCCGUCAAGGCUAGCGAGACGGUGGUCUCGCAUUGCCAACCCUGCAUUCCGCCUUUCGAAACAGUGGUUCUCUAUGGCUAGUACUAUAUUGCGCAUUGCGACGUCUCUUGCUGCGAGCACUUACUUCUACUUUUUCUCCGGUAACGGAUUGUCAUUGUAGGCUAGGCAUACCUGCAUUUUGGCCUAAAGCUAAAAGGAUCGAUCCCAAUCCCAAUCCCUAUCCCUGUCUC